AUGGUCGGUCCACCCGUCAGCACCCCCGAUCGCCUUCGUCACCAGCACGUCCCGCUGAUCUCGCCUCCGGUCGAGGACAUCGCCCAGCAGGUGCCACUGACGCGACCAAGGAUGCACCCAUGUGGCCCUCUCUCGCUCCGGCAGACCGAAGAACGUGUUCGUCAGGAUGAGGCGGUGUUCUGCGCAGGUUCGGAGAAGCAGCAGGCCGUUGCCGUUGCAGCCGCGGAGACCACGGGGACCCAGCACUCCUCUCCAGGCAAAAUGGUCUAUGCCGACGCGGGCGUUGAAGUCACCAAGGACAAUCAACUUGUCCGCCUGCGACACGGUCAACAGGAGGGCGUCCAAGUCCUCGUAGAAAUUUUCUCUUGCGGCGUCGUGGCUGGUCAUCGGCGGAGCGUCGGCGGAGCGUAAGCGCUGAUGAUGGUGGCGAAUUCGCCCCCACCCCGGAGAGGCAGGCGGAGUGUCAUUAGACGGUCGUUGAUGCCCUGUGGCAAACAGGGCAGUCGUCCCACGAUGUCGUUCCGGAUGGCGAAGGCGACAGCCGCGUCUCAUCGACUGCACUGGGCCGACCACUCCAUAAGAAGGGGUAGCCGGCACCCACAUCCUCCAGUUGGCCUUGUUCGGAGAAUCGAGUCUCGAUCAAUGCGUCGAUGUCCACCUUGUAGCGCGCCAGUUCUCGGGCCACUGGGGCCGUCGUUCUUUCCAAUCGGUUGCUCAUCGGAUUGUCUAAAAGGGAACGAACAUUGCUGGCUGCCAGAGUGAGCGGACUUACCGUACCCGUCUGGUGGUCGCGAAAAGGAUUAGGGGAAGAAAAAGAAUAGGCAGGAAGGUGGAGAAAGAGAUGGGGGAUAAUUCGGUUUUGGCUUCUUCGAACAUGUUUUGCUUGUAUGCGGCCGCGGUCAGCCUACAGACAGCGUGGCUCCCAACACUUUUUAUGUUACCUUUUCUAGCCCCUUUUCCCCUCGCGGGACGGGCAGCGCACCUCCUAAAUAUGGCUGCCCGGUUAUCCCAGACGGCCGCAGAACACCUCUAUAGGCCACGGAAUUGUGUUUAUGAGACAAAAACACGAAUUAGCCUGGGACAUUUGGGGGGGGGACUAAAUAGCAGAGGCAAUACAUAAAACAAAACACACACAACACACGAACUGUCCCACGAUCUGCAAUAAUAGCAAUUUACAAUCUUUCUCUUAUUUAGUCAGUAUGUCUGUUUCAGGAGGAUGUAAUACGUCAUCCCUUCUCCUCCCAUAUAUUCACUGCCUCCGAACGCUCCAACUACAUUUUCUCUAGGUAAAUUAUCCUCAGCAUUAAGUCGGGAUCGUCUAUAUGCCCAUUACCUAAAGUUCAUAAUAGGCAUCUAUUCCCUGUCGAAAUCUCAGCUAUAGCUUGACGUUUAUUCUUAACCUGGAUUCUACAUUUGCGUUAAAGUUGACCCUAAACUUGAAUUUAAACUUCGUUUCCGUGGUAUUCAUUACGUAGCUACCUGUUCCAUUGUCCUACCGAAAAUGACUGGCAUUGGCCAUGGACGUGAUUCCUCACCUACAUUUAUCAUCCUUUUGUGAACAGGUAACCUGCAAGUUUUAAGGAGUGGUGUGACGCUAAGGCACGACGGACGUGUGAGCCACGUAGCGCGAUCGGUGAGCGCCCUGUAUAAUUUUGGGUAUACCUCAUCCUAACCGACAAGACGAGCCAUCGGCCUGUUGGGUAAGACCUUUGACGUCUAACCAUCAGGUCGCGGGAUAGAGUCCCGGAGUUUUCACACCUCGGGAUUGUGGAUGGCUGGCUGACGACGGCAAAUGAACUAGAAUUGGACACGUCGUUCUUCCCUGAAUUUGUCGAUAAUGCUUUUCUUUGGGUCAGAACGGUUUGCCUGAAAAAAGACUGGCGAAGAUAAUGUCGUGCGCGGAUUUUGAUCUUCACUAGCGUUAUUGACCUAGAAGUAGUCCGGAUCGAGCUCAAGGUUCAGGUUAGAGAUGCGGUAUGAUUUACGGCUAGUUUUAGGAGUUGGGCUAUCAAUGGAGCUGAGAUUUUAAGGCUAGGGUUAUAUCCAAGACUUGCGGUCGAGUCCAGAUUGGGGUUAAGGAUAAGAGUUAGAUAUUUAGGCUUGGGUUUUAGGGCUGAGAUCAAGGAUUUAAGGUCAAGGGUUAAGGUUAAGUUUUCGAUCGAAUUUUCAUUAAAUGCUUACGGAUUAAGUCUAAGGGUGACCACUUAAGUCCAUGGGCGUGGUUGACGUUACGGCCAUAGUUAACUGCGCAUUUCCCAUAGAGUAACAUACCAUACUCUUUUAAAACUGUUACUUUUAAUGAGAAAUUUUGUAGGUAUAGCGCGAGGUUUAUAUAGGCAGAAUGGCACUCCGACAAAGACAAGGGAGACCUGAAUGGCCAUUUCUGGGUUAUUAGCCCUAACUUGCAAUCACGACCCUCCUCUUAUUAUAGAAGAAUGUCUGGUAGAGAAAGGUCCCUGCCAGCACAUGGCCCCUUGAUAGCCGGGGGUGGAAGGGGCUGGGUGGGGCCAGAGCCCCCUCUGAAUUGAAGCAUUUUGAUGCGUAUUUGCAUCGAAAGAUAUGUUUCAAAAGCACCACUCAUUGUACCUCCUUUGGCAUUAAAAGGAGCAAAUGUACCAAAAUUGGCUUAUAAAUCAUGGAGAAAGCAUCCGUUUACACCCACUGAAUGUAGCUGCGGAUGAGCACAAUAUUGUGAGGUUUUGUUUAAAUCCCUCAUUGCGUAAACUCUUAUUUGUCCACCGGUUUACAAUCUGUGUGUGUCAUUAAUUCGUAUAUUUGACAAUCGGUAGCAGAUAAUAUCGUGAGUCAACCAAUGCUGUUUUCAUACUCUUGAUAGCUGUUUUAGUUAAUUUAUGUAUAUUAUGUUAAUUGUUUGGGUAUCUACUCACCAGCCAGUUCACGUAGUGGACUUGUAUGUCUAUGUAUGUACUAUUUGGCCUUGGUGUUCGUAGUCCACUUAUACAAAUUGUUUGUCGUUUCUUACUGAAUAUCCAAAGCAAUUAUAAAGCGUAAUCACGCUGGCUAUCACUGAAGCACCAUAUACAGGCGCAUUAAGCGCCAGAUGAAGGCAUAUUAUGAGGCCACUGAAGAGCCGGCUCGUCGACGUUGAUGGAACCUCAGGCUCAGGCCUGAGCCUGAGGUUCCAUCAACGUCGACGGCAGUUGGCAAUCAAUCCCUCGAACGGGAAAUGCCUAUACUGAACUCUGAGACUUCCGCUGGUAGGUAUUAUGAGUGUGUAAGCGAAUAAUGGGUGUAGAGUCCGUGGAAGACAUGGACGACACAAACGUAGUUGGAGGCAAGUCCUUUCUGAGGCCUUGAAAGAAUACGCCCUGGAAGUGCAAAUGCCUUGGUCUAAUACAAGGAAGGUAUUUAAUAUGUUACGGCAUUUCCAUCCGGAAGUACCUAAGGACCCACGGAAGCUAUAGCUAACGCCUCGAGCGUGCAAUAAGAAGCGUCCCGAUUAACGGCACCUACGUUCACUUGGGUCUCAGACGGUCUGCUUUAUGAGCUUCGUCUUCGUUCGAGAACAAGUAUUUCAAAUAACAGUAAGUCUAAUGGUUUGUAGGCCAAAACUUGAAGAAAACAUACCUACUUCCUCGGCCGGAUGGGGCAGGUUUUCACCUUAAGUAGUCCCCUCACUUCAGUAAGCAGAUUAUAUUUAUUAUCCAUUUCAGACUGCAAACGGAAAAGGAUGCUUCUGUGGCGCAGAGUGAAAUAUUAAAAUCAAUACAAAGGAAAUUGAAAUCUGCGCGGUAAGGACAUGUUGUAUGACGUUGGAUUAGAUUUGUUUAGUAAAAAAUUAGACAAAUUAGUCCAUAAUCGGACGGUCCAUCAUGAGGAAUUUCGACAGCAUUGCGCCCUCAUGGUUGAAAAACGUGGGCAAAUACAUGCCUCCACCGUCCUUGUCGGUCAAAGGCCUCCCGCACUGCCCUUGCCGCUAUGCACGGAGGACGCCUACGAAGACUUCGAUGGGAAGCCAAACCGUGAUGCCGAUUUUCGGGCAGAAGUGGUAUGUACGUAUGCAGCUUUAUUUACUCUCCAUGAGUUAUAGAUGAAACAACUUGUUUCAGUUGGGGGGCGUAA